AUGACGAGCCCGUACGCGCCGUCCCUGGCGAGCUCGUCGCUGCGUCCACGCAGCGAUGGCCACGCGAGAGCGCAGCUCCCAUCGCUCGACGUAUCUUUCGCGUCGGCGAUCGGGGACGACACGCAGAUCCUCCUAGACGACCUUCUCAUCACCUACUCGCUCCUGGAAACAGAGCGAUACAAUGCCCUUGCGCUGGAGCAGGUCGGCGAGCUCCGGCGCAAGAAGGCGCAGCUUGAAGAGCGCAUGAUCGACUUGCAGGAGCGCAUCGCCCUCGAAAAGAAGAUGCGCCACGCGGCGCAGAGCGUGCAGUCCUCGAUGAUCCACAUCUCGCCGCAGCCUCGGCACAAGUCCGUACACAUGGCCGAGGCGAUGCAGCGCACCGACGAGGCUACCCUGCAGCUCCUCCAGGUGUCGAAUGCACGCCACGACAUCCAGCAGCAGCUCCUCGCGCAUCAUAUCGCAGUGCUGCGCGACCAUCUGCCUACGCAGCACGCCCCACGCCCCUCGGCGAGCACGAGUCAGUUUCCCCACACGCCAUCCACGCCCAUGCGCUUGCCUUCGUGGACGGAGCGCUUGAGGGCCCACACCCCCAGCGACAACAUGGGCUGGGGCAGCCCCAGCCCCGCGUCAGGGGCGAGCGUGGGUGACACCACGGACCUCUCGCACCUGCUCGACGAAGUCGAGCAACUGGAGCAGCGGCGCCGCAGGCUUACGGUGCAGCUGACGAGCAACAACGAGCGGCAGACAGCGCUGCGGCACCGCCUCAGCCGCCUGUGUGAGGAAAACCUCGAAGUGGCCGAGCGACUGGCGCAGCGCGAUCUGGACGGGGCCCACAUGCCGGGGCCGUCCACACUGAUACCUGGCGAGGAACACGAGCGGAUCGUGCAGGCCCUCGAGACGGAGCGGGCGCGUGCUAUGGACGAGCUACAGGCGGCACAGACGGAGCGGACGCGUGCUAUGGACGAGCUACAGGCGGCCCAGGCGCAGAGCGCCGAGCAUGCCACGACACUAGAGAAGCUGCGCACGGAGCACGCCUCGGCCCUCGAGCAGCUGCGCGCCGGGCAUGCGGCGGCCCUCGAGCAGCUGCGCACGCGGCAGGAGAGCGAGCGCAAUGCGUCCGAAUCGCAGCUCCGUUCGCUCCAGGCGGAGCAUGCUUCGCUCAACGCCGCACACGAGGCACUGCAGCAGCAGGCCGCAGCUCACGAGCAGGCGCUCGAAGCAAGCGAGGCACGAUACCGCGAGGCGCUCGAGGCAAGCGAUGCGCAGCUGCGCGAAGCGCUCGAGGCAAGCGACGCGCGACACCGCGAGGCACUCGAGGCAAGCGAGGUGCGACAUCGCGAGUCACUCGGUGCGCUCGAGGCCAGUCACCGCCAGGCGCUCGUGGCAAGCGAGUCGGGCCAUCGCGAGGCGCUUGCCGCCCUGGAGGCGGAGCAUGCGUCGUUGCGUGUGCGCGAGGCAGAGCUGAAUGAGCAGCUCUUGCACAUCCGCCACAGCUCCGAGAUGGAGCUGGCGCAGCAGCGCGAGGCGCACACCAACGAGCUGCGCGAGCAGGACGAGGCACACCAGGCCGCGCUGGCCGAGGCGCAGGCGACCGAGACGCCUGCGCCAGAGGCCCAGCCCGCCGCGAGUGCAGAGACACCUGUGACGCGCAGUCCCCUGCUCAAGACCAACUGGUCGCGCCGGCCCGUGGGGCCCGAGUCGUCGCCGCGCGAGGCGGCGCCGGGCACACUCUCGCAGCGACUGCAGCGGAUGUUUUCGACGGACAAGCCGCCUAGCCCGGUUGACGGAGUGCCAGCGGCGCCUGCCGGCGCCGAGUCGGAUCUGACCGCAGCGCUCCAGCAGCUGCGUGGACAGCUCGAUGCAGAGCGCAAGCAGAAGGACAUGGUGGCGCACCGCCUCGAAGAAGUCAUGAUGCUGUACCGCUCGGCCGUGAGCCAGCCUGCGGCACCGGACGUGCCGGGUGUGCAGGAGCCCCCGAUGGAAGCGCCCGUGGCUAGCCAGCAGGAUGUGACUAUCACGCAGGAGCCCCCGGUGGAAGCGCCCGCCGCCGACAGCCGGCAGGAUGUGACUGUCACGCAGGAGCCCCUGGUGGAAGCGCCCGCCGCCCCAAGCCAGGACGUGCCAAUCGUGCAGGAGCCCCCGAUGGACGCGCCCGCCGCCCCAAGCCAGGACGUGCCGAUCGUGCAGGAGCCUCCGAUGGAAGUGCCCGUGGCCAGCCAGCCGGACGUGCCGAUCGUGCGGGAGCCUCCGAUGGAAGCGCCCGUGGCUAGCCAGCCGGACGUGCCGGUCGUGCGGGAGCCCCCGUUGGAAGCGCUGGCGACCGAGGCGCCCCCGUCCGAGGCACCGGUCGAAGGGCCAUCGUCUGACACGCUCUCGCCCGAUUCGAAUGAGGUGCCUCACACGCCCCUCGGUCCGCCGACACCGCCCGAGGUGCCGAUGACGCCGCACCGUAUGGAGCGGCCGGAGCUCUAUGUGGAUGUGGCCGAGACGCCCACCCACGCGCGCGCCGCCCGUGCAUGGGGCGGGAGUCGGUUCCGGUUCCUGGAGAUGGAGGUGGACCGACACCGCCGGGCGGCAGAGCAGGCGCGCGCGGCGUUCGAGCAGCUGCGUGUGCGGGCCGCGUCGGAGCGGGAGGCCAGCGAGCGUGAGCGGCAGCUGGUCGACACAUGGAGGGCCGAGUGGCGGGCCCUGUGCGCGCGGCUGGAGCAGCAGCACCACUUUUGCAUGCGCGUGCUGGGCAAGGCCGAUGGGCGCGAGGAGAUGGACGGGCUGCUCGAUCAGAUCAAGGCGUCGUCGGUGCCGCGGCGCGCAGAAGCGAGGGAGGAGACUGGCGAAGACGCUGCGCAGCUCCUGAGCCAGGUCGAGGAGCACAUUGGCGAUAUGGCCGAGGGCCUCGCGCGUGCUGGCGCGAGUGGGCUCGGCGGCAACGUGAUUGCGCAGCUGGAGGACCGCAUCGAGGAGCUCGAGACGCAGCUCGCGCAGCGCGACGCGGCGAGCAGUGCAGACGUGUCCAGUGCCUCGAUGGCCGAUGCGCCGCUGGACUUGUGCCUGUAUGCGCUCGUGCUCGUGGGCGCGCUGCUGCCCGAGGGCGAUGCACUGCUGCACAGCAUGUCGCUGCCGCUCGACGCGGUGCGCCAGCUCUUUGCGCCGCCGGCACCGGCGGCCGACGCGGCCGACGCGCUGGACGUGCUCCGUCGCGUGCCGGCGCUGGACGCGGUGUGUGCGAUGGCCCAGGCGUCAGGGUCCGCCGCGCACCGCGCGACGGGCCGCGCGUUCGCGGAGCGCGUGAUGCAGGCGGUCAGCCGGAUGGCGGCGGACGCGCACCGCCAGGUCCCAGCGCUCGUGACGGACGUGAUGGGCCGCCUCGCCAGCACGCUCGACACGAGCGAGAUGGUCGCGGACCGCGCGCUCGUUCUCGAAGAGUCGGUGCGCACCUCGACGUAUGCGUCGCACCCGCCGACGCCGCAGCCAGACGCGCUCGAUGUGCCGCCUAUAUAG